UUGACUGCCGACUGAAAUUGUUUCAGUCUGAACAGUGACACGUUUGCUGUAGAAAUCUCGAGCGAUCAAAAUUUUAAAUCAAAAUUUUAACCUUCCACAGUUCUGUCUUCUAGACGACACGAAUAAUAUAUUUGCCGAAACUCGAACACAGGAACACACACGCUAUCGGCAAGACGUAAUAUCAACUGCGGCGGAUUUAUAUAACAUAUUAUACGGACGACAAACGUCGAAGACACCUGAACACCCGUUUACCGCACGCACUCAAUAGAUCCAUUAUAAAGACAAUUACGACAUGGACUGCAAACGUCAAGUGAUCACCGUGCACGUGGGACAGGCUGGCGUGCAAAUGGGCAAUGCAGUGUGGAACCUAUACGGGAUGGAGCACGGGAUCGGGAGGGAUGGCUGUUUGACGCCGGAGUCUGCAGCGGACGCUGCGUGCCCAGCGGAACACUCGACGUUCUACAAGGAAACGAUGGCCGGAAAGUACAUACCGCGAACGGUCAUGGUAGACCUGGAGCCAACGGUGGUCGAUCAGAUCCGGUCGGGGCCGGACCGGGGUCUGUACCACCCGGACCAGCUGAUAUCGGGCAAAGAGGACGCAGCCAACAACUUCGCUCGUGGCUACCACACGGAGGGCCGAGAGUACCUGUCCCAUGUGAUGGAGGGUAUCCGGCUGUUCGCCGAGUCCAGCGAGGGCGUGCAGGGGUUCAUCGUGUUCCACUCGAUGGGCGGCGGCACGGGCUCGGGCAUGACCAGCCUAGUGUCAGAGACCCUGCGCCAGGACUACCCGAAGAAAAGCAACCUGGAGGUGCUCGUGUACCCGGCGCCCAAGGUGUCCACGGCCGUGGUGGAACCGUACAACGCGCUGCUUGUGUCACACAAGACGCUGGACACGACCGACUGUGCGUUCAUGGUUGACAACGAGGCGAUAUACGACAUCAGCGCCGGCAAGUUGGACGUUGAGCGGCCUAUGUACCACAACCUGAACCGCAUCAUCAGCCAGGUUGUGUCGUCCAUUACCGCGUCGCUUCGAUUCCCGGGCACGCUCAACGUGGAUAUCAACGAGUUCCAGACCAACCUGGUGCCGUUCCCGCGCGUCCACUUCCCGCUACUGGCGUACGCACCAUUCGCGUCCGCCCAGCGGUCCGCGCACCAGCGUCCGCCAAUCGUAGACCUGACGGCCGCGUGUUUCGAGCCCGGCAAUCAGCUGUUCAAGCUGAACGAUGAAGAGUACGCCAACGGUAAGUACAUCGCGUGUUGCAUGCUGUACCGCGGCGAUGUGGUGGCAAAGGACAUCAACCACGCCAUACAGCAGAUCCGGGCCACCAAGGGCCUGGAGUUCGUAGAGUGGUGUCCGACCGGGUUCAAAGUGGGCAUCAACUGCCGGCCGCCCGUGUCUAAAUUGUCUCCUGAUGAUGAGCUGGUGGGUGGUGGCCGGGCUGUGUGCAUGAUGUCCAACACGACGGCCAUAGCAAGCGCGUGGACGCGGCUUUGCGAGAAGUUCGACCUCAUGUUCCGCAAGCGUGCGUUCAUCCACUGGUACGAGAGCGAGGGCAUGGAGAAGGAGGACUUCGUCGUGGCCCGGGAGAAUAUUGAGGUCCUGCGGCACGAUUAUAAAGAACUGAUGCCGUGCGCGAGUACCAAGACUUCAGCCAUGUCAGCCGAUAAGGCUACCACCGGACCAACUGAACUAUCCGGCCGCGGCCAAUCGGAUUUCCUGCAGGGCGAUUUUGAGCCUCCCAUGAUCACAGAAAUCUGAACGCCUGAUUUCUGACCACAUGAAUCAUUUUUACACAUUUUUAUCAUGAUACGAAUAAAACGAGAUUUUUAACUUUAAUA